GAGUUCUGCAAUGCACACAUAAACUGCAUAAGCCUAGAGCAGAUAGGUACCAGGAGCCACUCCCCCCCCUCUCUCUCUCUCUUGCUCUUCUCUGUGUGCUCAGAGGGAAAAUCAAGGUGGUGACAGAGUGAUCAGAUGUUAAGAUGGAGGCUCUCCAAAUGCACAUCCAUCAUCAGCAAUGGAGACAACCCCACACUGAGGUGGAAGACCACGCAGAAACCUUUCUGCAGCAGCAGCAGCAGCCCCCUGUGAAACUCUCUCGUCUCGCAUCCCCAAGAGAUGCUUCUCGUCUGUCAGGAAUGGCGGCCCCUGUUGGACUGGGACUUGGGCUCGGCCCGGGAACUGGGCAGUCUGCCUUCACUUUCCUGCAGCUGCAGGAGCUAGAGCACCAGGCGCUCAUCUUCAAGUACAUGGUUGCCGGCGUGCCUGUGCCACUUCACCUCGUGCUGCCCAUCUGGAAGAGCGUCGUCAGCUCGCCUAUGAGUUCCUUCUCUCCCUCUACUUUGUCAGGCGGCGGCUUGUGCUUCGAUUUCCGAAGCAGCAUGGAGCCAGAGCCAGGGCGGUGCAGGAGGACGGAUGGGAAGAAAUGGAGGUGCUCAAAGGAAGUGGUUCCAGAUCACAAGUACUGUGAGAAGCACAUGCACAGAGGUAAGAACCGUUCAAGAAAGCCUGUGGAAAGGCAGACACCGCCCGGCCCGUCCAAAUCCACCGCCGCCACCACCACCUCCGCCACCGCCACCGCCUCCAUUGCCAACACCAUCUCAGACUCGAGCACACACCUCUCCAUCUCCAUGCCCGAUGGUCUUAAUCUCAUGAACAACCACUCCAACGCUAACGCCAACAACGUCAGUGCCUCGGUGUCGAGCUCCCCAAGGUUGGAAUUCUCCCCUACGAGUGUGCUUCAUAAGAUGUAUUAUGGGUGCUCUGUCUCUGAGAGCAGUAGCGGUAGCACCUCCAAAACUGAGUCUAACUUCAGCUGAGUUUCCAAGCUUAAAAAAGCAUUUUGUAUGAUUGGAGAAAGAGACAUGUAGUUUUAGGAUUUCCUUCUUCUACUUCUUCCUCUGCUUCUUCUUCUUCUUCUUCUUCUUCUUCUUCUUCUUUGCUUCAUAUUAUUGUUUCAUGGUGCAAGACUUGCAGACAAGGAUGUUUUGGCUUGUGUUUGGGGGGACUAGAUGGCUCCACUGGGGCCUAUAUCUAUUAAUUGAGCUAUCAUCA